AUCGCCGCGACUGACACCGGCAUGGGCUCAUUCAGCCUGCCGAGCUUCACGGACUUGCCCAACACCUCCGGCACGCGCGCGCUUGCCGCUCGCCUUCAACGGCUUUACAACCAACUCACCGAGCGCGGCUUCACCGUGAGUGGCGGCACCAUCACCUUCGCCAACGGUAGCACGGUUAGCCCUACGUCGGGCAAUGGCACAGAUCAGGGCAACGGUACGACUCCGGGCAAUGGCACGACGCCGGGUAACGGCACAACUCCGGGCAAUGGCACGACUCCGGACAAUAGCACGACGCCGGACAAUAGCACGACGCCGGGCACCAUGCCGCUCAACACUACGAUGCCAGGCGACAUGGGUAACGGCACGACUCCGGACAACAGCACAGUCGCAUGAAUCACUGAAUCUACCAGAUAAAUAUAAUGAGCGUUUUAAUCUUGUACAAUAUUAAUACUUGGCACUGUACCCGUGUUUGGAAAUCAAAUGGCAGUGGAUACUAUGAGCAU